AUGACCGGGCCCACUGUCACGUGCUCGGCGUGCCACGCGCCCGUGCACAGCCACUGCGUGGCGAGGCGCAUGGGCUGCAUGGCGCGCACGAGCUGCGCCAACGAGAUGGACUUCGCCUUCGCGAACCAUCAGGCGCAGCAGAGGAUGGCGACGAGCUCCGCGGGCUUCGGGCGCUUCAUGAGCGCCGGCGGCCAGUGCGCGGGGCAGGCUAUCGGCGCGGUGGCCACCGGGGCCGCGGGAGGAGCGGCCAGGCUGGCGACAGGCAGCGCCUCGGGCGCCGUCUCGGCGACCCGGGGCACGCGCGAGGUGGCGGACGCGAUGGCCGAGUUUAGCCGGACGCGCGCGGAGAUGGAAGCUCUGAGGGAGGAGAACGCGAGGCUCCGAGGAGGGAGCGCAGCGCCAGCCCAAGGUGGGCACGCGACGCCUUCAUCGCCUGAGCGACUGGCGGAGGAGAUCGCCGAGGCCCAAGACGAGGGCAUCGAUGCCGUCUGCGGCGCGGAUUGGUCUCAGGCGGGGGGGCCUGCCGCGAGCGGUGCUGGAGACAGCGCCGCCGAGAUUCACGAGGUGAGGGCCGCGAGCGUGCCGGCCAACACGAGUGCCGAGCACGUCGAGGAGUUCUCCGUGAAGGACUCGGCGCAGCUGCUCAAGCCGACACCGCGCCUGCAGGACAUCCAAGAGGUGGUCAUCCUCAUGGUGGUGGUGUACCUGGAGGCGCUGGGCCGCCUGGAGGAGGCCUCGGGGGUUUUCCUGGAGGUGUCCCACAUGGCGGCGCUGGAUUCGGAGGACGUGGACUGGGCCACGCAGGCGGGCACCCCCAUGGAGUCGGCGGCGGUGGCUUCAGACUACCAGGUGGACCUGGUGGCGGAGGUGGGCGGGCCGAAGCGCGAUGCGUCGCUCGAGAGCACGCUCGCGAAGAUGAAGGCGGCCGACUUGCCGCAUUCGGCCUGGAAGGGCAGCCUGGCCGCCAAGCCGGGAAUACUAGAGCAUGGGAUCCAGAGGGCGUCGCUCGACCUCGGGGGGACGCACCACCUCGUCGAGCGCCACUGGUCGCAGGUGCCGGGCGUGGUGGUGGAGACGCACGAGACGUACUUGCGCCAUCGGCCCCUGGACCGCCCUGCGAUCAGGCCCAUGCAGCCUGCGCAGCUCCCCCUCAAUGAGGCCGACGCGGUGAAUUUCCACAGCGUGGAGUUGCGACUCCCGGGCCUGCUACUCGCCCCCAUGCCUGAGGACGUCAAGCAGGACCACGCUUUGCAGCAAGUGUCCAAGGGGAGGCACGUCGACGUGACGGCGACCUACGACGAGCUGCAACGCUGGAAAUUCAGCGCCAACCGCCUCGCCACUAUAGGCGUCGCGGCUCCCGACCCCAGCGUGCAACUGUCGCCCCUGAAGGCGAUCGCGCACAAGAUGUUGGAGUCCAACGAGGCCCAGGUUGACGAGCUCUGGCGUUAUCUCAGCGCGGAGGCGAGGGAGUUCGCGGACGCGGUGCCCCAGAAGGCGAAGGCGAAGGCGAAGGCCGAGAAGGGCAAGAACGGGAAGCUGCAGGACGUGAAGCUCUGCACCUUUCUCAGCACGCCGGGAGGCUGCAGCAAGGGCAAGCAGUGCACUUGGCACCACCCGAAGCUCAGCCCUUCCGUCCGCAACGAGCUGCUUGGCCUGAUGCAGAUGGGCGCCGGGGCGCCUGCUGGCCAGGCGGAUGCCGAGUUCUGGAACGCCAGCGAUCCGAGAGCAAAAAUGGUGACCAUCAAGGCCAAGAUGAUGAUCGCGAACGGGGAGCGGUACCUCCUGGCGGGCACGGGCGCCACGCACGAGCUGAGGGGCGCCAAGGACUUCGGCGACCUCGGCGACGACGCGCGGACGGCGCAGCCGGAGACGGCCACGGGCUCGCAUAAUGCGCGCAUGGUCGGCGACGCAGUUUUCGUAUUAGGUGAACACUUACAAAGAUUAUUCUCACUUGCGUCGUACGCGGAGACCACGGGGUUGGAGAUGGAGUGGAACCCUCGGCGGCGCGGCGCGCAUGUAGGAAACGAUUUCGUCGACCUCCACCGGGGGAACGGCAGCAUCUACAUCAGCGAGAAGACCGCGGAUAUUCUUCGAGCGGCUCGCCGAGCCCACCUUCGGGAAAAGUUCAGGGCCUCUACGGCAGCUUUGGCGAUAAGCCUCAGGACCGGGGACACGGGCAGGAUGGCGCAGCACUUCCUCUUAGGGACGUUCUCGGUGGCGACCGCGGCCGACAUGCAGAAGCGAGCUCAUCGUGAAGGAGAAGCUCGCGAGGCAGCCGGAGUGCCCGAUGAUGCGCCCGAGAUGGGCGCCAUAGGUGUUUCUGUUGAUGACGAUGUCGGACAACUGGCUGCUCGAGUCGCUGCCGCAUCUGAGGUGUCGGAGCUCGGUGAGCUGCGCCUCAGAAGCGACCGCCCGGGCCUGAUGGCGGCGAAACCUGCGCACGUGCCCGGCCAUCCCCAGGACGAGGAGGGGCCCGCGGAGGCCGAGGUCGCACCAGAGAUCGACGGGGCGGGCUCGGAGCAGGCGAAGACGCGGCACUUCGUGGCGCCCCUGGAGAACAAGCGCUUCGAGACGUGCAAGAAGGGUUUAGGAUGGAUUUUGGCAACGAUUCGGUCCGAGUUCGAGGGCGCGAACGCGGCGCGCCGCAUCCACGGCGACAGGGCGAGCGAGCUGGCCGGCACCAAGUCGAAGGAGCACUUUGCGAAGCAGGGCAUCUUGGUCACCAGCGCGCCGGGGCGCGAGCCGAACAACAACCCCCGCGCCGACAAGGGAAUCGGCCUCGUGAAGUUGAGGGCGAGGGCGAUGCUGCUGAGCUUCCCGGACCCCCGCGACAGGCAGGACCUCUGGCCCUUGGCGGUGCAGCACGCGGCCUGGUGCAGCAGGUCAGCUCUAGAGUGA